UUGCCAUAGUUGUGGUCAAGUGAGUUGUAAGUCGUGCAUUGUCACCCGUACAGUCAAUCAGACAAACAAGUUUUGCACCAAAUGUAUCCUUAUGGUCUCGACCCAUGGUGAAUCAAUCGAUCGUCACUUUGAACAAGGCUCACUAUCCUCGUCUUCAGAUCGUAGUCGUCAACAUCGAAAAUUAAAAAGUCCAAUAUCAUCGAAGUCCACGUACAAAAACAAUCAAAGUCCAAAAGUACCUGAGAUGCGUGUCGAUAUAAAACUUCUGACAGAAGUCAAGACAAGUAGCAAUAAUUGCAGUAUGUCGAGUACAGCAAGUGAGACGAGCUUUGACGACUCAAUUUCGUACUCUAUGGACCGUCGUGACAGCGAAACCCUACGGUAUAAUCCGUUAGGUGAAGAAAUGGUAGUGGAAACCUUGGAUACAACAAAGAUGACUCGCUGUGCUCCUCGUACCAUUUCAUCUUCAAUACCUAGUGUCGAAACUGUCAAGGAUGCGAUCGCGCAUCAACAAUACAUAUUAAAAGAAAUGCUGUUGCAAGCUAAAGCUUAUCAACAGCAAAAGACGCGAAUGUAACUAGUGUUGUAAACUUAGCUUGAAUGAAUAAGGGGUAAGCUAAAUUGCCACCUGCUGUCUUGAUCGAAGAGACUAUAAGUAUUACAUUAGAACUAUUUUAUUAUAAACUCCAUUGGCAGCAAGGAUAAAAGACAAAUAAAAUGUAUUUUGUGUGUGCUGACCAUUGGCGAGGCUCGAGUUUAUCCUUUUUUUCAACAUUUACAGGGUCGGCGUAGUGUUACAUCAAUGCGUCAAUUGGGCUAUCAAAUACUACUUGCGACGUUUGAGCCAACGAAAGACUUAGGUGACAAUCAGCCCUCGAAAUUUUUACAGUGCACCACUCUAGGGCAUAAAUCCUUUUGUGAACUCCUUUCAAAAGGAGCAAGUUUCCAAUUCAAGGCCUUUUCGGUAGACAGUUGCGAAGUCGCGACGGGGAAUAAUUGGCGGUGCUUUUGUACGGCCUAAACCUACUUCGACAGCUUUGUAUUUCACGUUGUUUGUAGACUUGUUGGCAUCGUGACGAUGACAAAUUUGGUCACUGCUCGUUUAACGACCUAGGCUAAGUUACUGACAUACGCAAAACAAAACGAUUGCAUGUCCAGGCAUGUGAUAGCGAUUUAUCAAAGCGAGGCAAAUGUAGAAGUUAAAAUUUGACACGACGGAUGCAAAACUACUUGAAUCGAGAAAGCAUGGUGUAGUUGAAAACGUUUGCUCACCACCUUACGAAUCCAUGCGAAGUUAUUGAAGCAGCACAACAAAUAAAAUGCAUUUUCAGUAAUAAUGAUUUUUUUUUAGCUACACGAGCGGACUCGAGCGGUCUCAGUGUUCACACCUACUUGUCAUCGUAGUCAAAGAUAUACCAAAAUACUAUUCUCAGCAUCCCCAUUAUCCCAUAGGUAUACCAUAAGCUAACGUAAGUGAAGAUAUUCCGAUCAUUAAUUUUUGAUCACGCUGCAUCGGAUACUGAUUGCAUUAGUCUCUUGGCGUCAACUAUCUUCAUUUUUUACGUUCAAUUAUGUCUCCCAACCAACUUGCGUGUUUGCACUAAGAUCUUUAUUUGUAAGGAUACCUGCGCAACUCUAUAAACACA